GACCAUUACCGGUGUCACUCUCUCUCUCUAUCACUCCGCCCACGACUGGCCUAUUUUUCUUUUCAUUCUUUCCUUCAUUCUCAUUCUCUUUCUCUUUCUCCCUCACUCUCACAACUUCCUCUUCCCUCCUUAACUCUCUCUGCUUUUCACUCCUCACAUCCUCUCUCUCUCUCUCUCUCCCUCUUCACGUUCUUCACCUUCUUCCAUUCCCACUUUCUCCCUCUGCCUUUUCAGUUUCUUCCCUCUCUGCUUUACUUCACUCAGUGUAAUUUGUCAGGAAACAUGCUCAAAUGGGUGCCUGAAUCGACUGUUCAUAUUUUUCCGGCGAGAGAUUAGGUCGAGUUCUCGCGAUUCAACUUCGAAAACCUGUAACAGAGUGUUGUUCAACCGGAGACAUCUCAAUCUUUCUCACCAGCACUACUGCAAAUCGUUAUCUGGCAUUGGGAUUUGAGUCUAUCAAGUGUUUGGUGACCAUUGGAGAUUUUGAGCUGACGUUAUAGCGUCAAAAGAAAAUGGAAGAAAAGGGAGAGAAGCCUGAGGUUUUGGAGGCUGUAUUGAAGGAAACUGUGGACUUGGAAAACAUACCCAUCGAGGAGGUUUUUGAUAAUCUGAGAUGUAGCAAAGAGGGUCUUACGACAGCAGCAGCUGAGGAACGGCUUGUAAUUUUUGGUCACAACAAGCUUGAGGAGAAGAAGGAAAGUAAAAUAUUGAAGUUUUUGGGGUUUAUGUGGAACCCCUUAUCAUGGGUAAUGGAGGCUGCUGCUAUUAUGGCCAUUGCACUCGCAAAUGGUGGAGGAAAGCCUCCUGACUGGCAGGAUUUUGUUGGUAUUAUCGCCCUGCUGCUUAUCAACUCAACAAUUAGUUUCAUUGAGGAAAAUAAUGCCGGAAACGCUGCAGCUGCGCUAAUGGCCAGUUUAGCUCCCCAAGCCAAGAUUCUUCGAGAUGGAAGGUGGAGUGUACAAGAUGCGUCAGUUUUAGUUCCUGGUGAUAUUAUAAGUAUCAAACUUGGGGAUAUUAUUCCAGCUGAUGCACGUCUUCUGGAGGGGGAUCCAUUGAAAAUCGAUCAGUCUGCACUUACAGGCGAGUCUCUUCCUGUUACUAAAGGUCCCGGCGAUGGCAUAUACUCUGGUUCUACUUGUAAACAAGGAGAGAUCGAAGCGGUGGUAAUUGCCACUGGUGUUCAUACUUUCUUUGGCAAAGCUGCCCACCUUGUUGACACCACUAACCAAGUGGGACACUUCCAAAAGGUCUUGACUGCAAUUGGGAACUUCUGCAUUUGUUCCAUUGCUGUGGGCAUGAUUACAGAAAUUAUUGUCAUGUACCCUAUCCAAGAUCGUGACUAUCGUCCUGGAAUUGACAAUCUUCUUGUGCUUUUGAUUGGAGGAAUUCCAAUUGCCAUGCCCACAGUUCUCUCUGUGACAAUGGCUAUUGGCUCUCAUAGGUUAUCUCAGCAGGGUGCUAUCACAAAGAGGAUGACUGCAAUUGAAGAAAUGGCAGGAAUGGAUGUGCUUUGCAGUGACAAGACGGGAACACUGACAUUAAACAAGCUAACUGUCGACAAAAAUCUUGUUGAGGUUUUUGCUAAAGGAGUGGAUGUCGAUACUGUGGUUCUCAUGGCAGCCCGGGCAUCAAGAACAGAGAAUCAAGAUGCUAUUGAUACUGCCAUUGUUGGGAUGCUUGCUGACCCAAAAGAGGCUCGUGCUGGUAUUCAAGAAGUACACUUCCUUCCAUUUAACCCUACUGAUAAGCGGACUGCAUUGACUUAUAUAGACGGUGAAGGUAAAAUGCAUAGAGUCAGCAAAGGGGCACCCGAGCAGAUUCUGAACCUUGCACACAAUAAGUCAGAGAUUGAGCGCAAAGUUCAUGCUGUGAUAGACAAGUUUGCAGAGCGAGGUUUACGCUCCCUUGCUGUGGCAUACCAGGAAGUUCCAGAUGGUCGAAAGGAGAGUGCUGGAGGUCCAUGGCAGUUUGUUGGCCUCCUGCCACUGUUUGACCCACCAAGGCAUGACAGUGCAGAGACAAUAAGGAGGGCAUUAAAUCUUGGAGUGAAUGUGAAGAUGAUUACUGGUGACCAGCUGGCCAUUGGAAAGGAAACAGGACGUCGCUUGGGGAUGGGAACCAACAUGUAUCCCUCAUCUGCUUUGCUAGGACAGGACAAGGAUGAGUCUAUUGCUGCUUUACCUGUUGAUGAACUGAUAGAAAAAGCUGAUGGCUUUGCUGGCGUUUUUCCUGAGCACAAAUAUGAGAUUGUAAAGCGCCUGCAGGCAAGGAAACAUAUCUGUGGAAUGACUGGGGAUGGAGUAAAUGAUGCUCCUGCCCUCAAAAAAGCUGACAUAGGGAUAGCUGUCGCUGAUGCUACAGAUGCUGCUCGCAGUGCUUCAGACAUAGUCCUUACAGAGCCUGGUUUGAGUGUUAUCAUUAGUGCUGUUUUGACCAGCCGUGCUAUCUUUCAGAGGAUGAAAAAUUACACUAUAUAUGCAGUUUCGAUCACUAUUCGUAUAGUGCUUGGUUUCAUGUUGCUGGCUCUCAUAUGGAAAUUUGACUUCCCACCAUUUAUGGUGCUUAUCAUUGCCAUUCUCAAUGAUGGUACAAUAAUGACGAUUUCAAAGGAUAGAGUAAAACCGUCUCCUUUGCCUGAUAGCUGGAAACUGGCUGAAAUUUUCACAACUGGCAUUAUACUUGGCGGUUACUUGGCAAUGAUGACUGUUAUCUUCUUUUGGGCGGCCUAUAAGACAAACUUUUUUCCACGAGUCUUUGGGGUAGCAACUCUCGAGAAAACUGCUCACGAUGACAUAAGGAAACUGGCCUCAGCAGUGUAUCUUCAAGUAAGCACUAUAAGUCAGGCUCUCAUAUUUGUUACUCGCUCUCGAAGUUGGUCUUAUGUGGAACGUCCUGGGUUAUUACUGGUUGCAGCUUUUCUGGUUGCACAGCUGAUUGCUACUUUAAUUGCGGUUUAUGCAAACUGGGGCUUUGCUGCCAUUGAAGGAAUUGGAUGGGGUUGGGCUGGUGUUAUCUGGCUUUACAACAUUAUCUUUUACAUCCCACUUGAUCUCAUUAAGUUCUUUAUACGAUAUGCUUUGAGUGGGAGGGCUUGGGAUCUUGUUAUUGAACAGAGGAUUGCCUUCACGAGACAAAAGGAUUUUGGGAAGGAACAACGGGAGCUACAAUGGGCUCAUGCGCAAAGAACAUUACACGGAUUGCAAGCACCUGACGCCAAAAUGUUCCACGACCGAACUCAUUUCACCGAGCUCAAUCAGAUGGCUGAAGAAGCCAAAAGGAGAGCUGAAAUUGCAAGGUUGAGGGAACUACACACCUUGAAAGGCCAUGUUGAAUCAGUGGUGAGGCUGAAAGGACUUGACAUUGACACAAUUCAGCAAGCUUACACAGUGUGAAGAAGAAACACUGUUUGAGAUCACUCUCAUUGUAAAUCAUGGCAACUUUGUCAGUUCUGAAACUGAAGAAAAUUUGCAAAACCAUAAUGUUUUGUUUAAUAUUCUAAAUGAGUCCUAAUGUCUAUUUUAAUGAAUAUCUAAAUCACUCGUCUCCAUCCCCCAAUCUUAGCAAUGCUUGCAUUCUGCAUUCUCAGAAAUGCUUCAGUAGGUCUAUAAUACGACCAACUUUUUUUGUAGCUUACACAGAUUAAUUUAUUAUAUACUUUGUUACUGUUGUUAA